CCAAAGAUGCCAUGUUUAAAGUCAGACAUUUGGAAAUCCCAUGCGAAGAAACAUCUGCGUGGAAGAAGAAAAAAAAUCAAACAAGGCGCUUUCAUUGCCAGAGCCUGAAACAAAGGUAUUACAUAACUCUAAUCGUGUUUUUCCUGCAGGGGCUUAAAAUAAACACCUUUUCUGUUGUGAGCCUGGAACAAAGAUCCGGGAACUUUAAAAACGUUACCUUUUCAAGUGGCAGUUAUUUUGCACGGGAGUAUAUUGGCAAAAGGGUCCCAGCUCUGUGGAAUUAUCAUGUUGCUUCUUGCAGCCAUGCAAAGUUUGCUUGAAGCGUCUCCUCGUCCCAGUUCAUGGCUUUCUACCUCUUCAAUGCAUGUAAAUAAGGUGAUGUGUGCCAUUCCGGGUCAUCUCCGUGGCAAUUGAGAGCAUUUAAGCUCCCUCCUUGUCGUGGAGAAAUCGUCCAUGCCUGAAAGGGGAGAAUUGCGCUCGGGCAGCAGUAGUAGCAGGGGCUGUAGCGGCAGUGAAGCUUUCCAAAGAUUGCAUUCGAGCAGAGCAAAGGCAGUGCUGCUCCGCGGUGCCCAAGUUGUUGGUUUGAUCCAAUGGGUGAAGCAAAGUCACAUUGGUGGCGACAAACGAAGUCUCCGGAUACUUGUUGCUCUUCCCGAUUCUCGUCCUCGAGCUCCACUCCAGGAAUUCUAAGGUUGCAAUGUAAUCAUCACCAUCACACCGAGAAAGAAUCCGCCAUCGCUUUGAGCAGUAAUGAGGCGAACCGCUCGUCCAAGCAUCCCGAAAAGAGAUUUUUGAGCGAGCUGGCGAGCGAGGCCACGAAGAAAGCGAAGACGAGGACAGGAAGCCAUGCUCAGCCUAUGGAGGAAGCCAAGGAAAAACCAUCUUUUGGAAGCUCCGGAGCACACCACCGGGUGUACAGAGGGGUCCGGCGCAGGAGCUGGGGGAAAUGGGUGUCGGAGAUCCGCGAGCCCAAGAAAAAGUCGCGGAUAUGGCUGGGAUCGUUUCCAACACCCGAGAUGGCGGCCCGAGCUCACGACGUGGCGGCCUUGAGCCUCAAGGGCGACGCCGCGCUCCUCAACUUUCCAGAGUCGGCCGACUCGCUCCCUCGCCCCUCGGCCUUGUCUCCAAAGGCGAUUCAAGAGGCCGCGGUGGCUGCAGCGUUUGCAUUCGUCGAAGAUCACACCAAGAACGAAGAGUUCCAAGAGUUCCAAGAGCCCAAAGUAGCCGCGGGAGUGCUCGCUUCAUCAGCGGUGGAAUCGAUACCCCCGGCGACGAGCCAGCAAAAAUCGAUUUUGCAGCUCGAGUCGAGUGGCUCUAGCACUUCUACAACGUCUACUGCUACCACCGUGAUCAACUAUGUGGACGAAGAUCUCGUGUUUAUGAUGCCGAGCGUCAUGCUAUCGCAUAUGGCGCAGGCUUUGCUCGUUGCUCCCCCGCCGAUGUGGGAAGGAGGAUUGAGCGUGGUGGAAGUGGAAGUAGACGAGGAGAUUAGACUGUGGAACUUUGAGGAGCUCAAUCUAUCUUGAGUGACAAAGCUACGCUCUAGGCAAACGCAGUAUCGUCCCAAAGCCUGCUAAUGAAAGCUACGGGGAUUGUAAGUGCCUGGCUC